GUGUUUCCAGUUGCAAAAAAAAGAACGAAAACUAUGAAAUCGCUCUACAUAAAUCUCAUAAAAUUUAUAUUAUUACAACAAUUUUGUUGUUUAACAAAAUGUUUUAAAGGACCUUGUGAAGAUUUCUACGAAUAUGCCUGCAGUAACUAUAGUCGUGAAAACCCAGAUGAGAGUUACAAGGAAAUAACACAAAAAUUGGAUAAUAACUUUAAUAAAAAAUUGUUGGAAUAUAUGAACAAGCAAACCUAUAUACCGGGUAAACAAACAUUUUGUGAUAAAAUGCAAUUGUACUGGGUGUCAUGUAAGAAUGAAACACAAAGAGAUUUGAAGAAAUAUUUUGACGACCUAAGACCGGGUGAUCAAUUAGAUUGGCCCUUAUUGGCAUAUAAGAAACGGUGGUUGACAGCAAAUGAAACCUUUGAUUUUUGGUCUUUGUUGGGUCAAAUGCAGUCAUAUGGCUUAAGUAAUGUUAUAGUAAAGCAUGAAAUUGUAAGAAAUAAGGAAGGUUUAUUACAUAUCUGGCUAGCACCAGCUAUAGCAGAUGAUGAAGAGGGCAAACUACCCGAUAAAAAAGUGUUGCAGAUAUUGUUAAAAACUUUAGGCAUAGAGCGUCAUGAGCAGAUAAUACAAGGGCUUUAUAAUUUUUAUGUAAAAUUAAAAAAUAUGAGAGGAAAAUUUGAUUUAAGUGCAAAUCAGAUAAAAGAUAUAAGUUUGGCAAGUAUAGAUAUUAACCAUCCUUUGCUUAAUAUUAAAUUAUUUGUGGAAAAUUUGUUGGGUCCUGAAGUUAAUAACAUUUCAGUUAUUACCAUAGAAAAUCCAGAAUAUUUUAAAUUCAUAAAUCGUCAAUCGUGGUCACCUAAGGAACUAGAACAUUUAUGCAAUUAUUUAAUGCUACAAUUCCUUUACUAUUUAGCCAAAGAUGGCGCUACAGACUUUACACCCAUUGCCUGUAUAAAGGAUUUAAGAAGAAAAUUUGAUUUGGCAGUAAAUUUCUCUUAUUAUCAUAACUUCUAUCAAAAGGACGAAACUAAAUUCUCAAAAGCUCUUGCUAAGCUAACUCAACAACUUAAAGUUACGAUGAAAAAAUAUUUCGAAAAGAAUUUCCUAAAACUCAAUUGUGAAGAGAUAAUAUUUUUGGAAACUAAAUUAAAAGAAAUUCAAAUAAAUAUCGGUAAUUUACCGGCCGAUAAAAGUUUUUACGCCAUAGAAAACUUUUAUCAGGAUAUAUCUAAUCUGUUCAAAGAUAACUAUUUUAAAAAUCAUUUGCUGCUAUUAAAACAUCGUUUCAGUAAAUCGUUGCUAUAUAAACAAAAUCAAACACACUUCAUAGUCGGCGAUAAUCAUAUGGGCUCUGUGUCCUUACCGUUCUAUGUGCUCCAACAGAAUAUGGUAGUCAUACCAUUUGGCACUUUACAAUUACCUUUAUAUCAUUAUAAUCAAACGCCUCUAGAACAACUAUCCCUAUUGGGUUUUGUUUUGGCACAUGAACUAGCCCAUGCUUUCGAUACUACUGGUCUAUAUUUUGAUCAGUAUGGUUUGCCAUUGGAUCCGCCUUCAGACAUUAUGAAUCAUGAAAAUUUUACAAAAGCUCUUAAUUGCAUGCAAAUGCAAAAUUUUACAGAAACCAUAGAUGAGCGUAUUGCCGAUCUAUUUGCAGUACGUGUAGUUUACCGCAUCUAUUAUGAAAAUUAUUCGCAUGAUAAUUACACACAGUGGAGAAAAGAUUUCUUUGUGAAUAUGGCUCAGUUUUUCUGUGGCAAAGAUAACAUACAGUUCAUAGAUCAUGAUUCAGAUGCACAGCGUUUGCAGAUAAUAGUAAAGAAUUUUCGACCAUUUGCAAGGGCAUAUGAUUGUCCAGAGACAAGUCUCAUGCAUGCGAAACCAAAAUGUCGUCUUUAUUAGAAAUGAUUAUAUCAAUCAAAUGAGAAUGGCUUAGAAGCAUAUGUUGCAAAAUACAUUUAAGAGAAAUACAUAGAAAUGAACAAAAUUACUUGUAAUUUUGGUUGGAUUAACUGAGUACUUGAGACAGUAGAACUUGGUUGCUUUAUUCGUAGUAAAAUUGUUGUUAAAUAUAUUUAAAAAAACAAAAUGGACAUUGCUAUCUUUGCUGCUAUACACAACACUAUAAGGAUACAUACAUACAUACGUAAUAUUUUAGCUCAAAACUGUGUAAAUCAAUAAAAAAUAAA